UGGUGCGUCGUCUGCUGGUUGUGAAAACAUACGAUCAAUAUUGACAACAUUCUUCUGUUUACAUUAACAAGACAAUGCAGGUCGAUUAUUAACAUUGGUCAGGGAAAAUCCUCACUGCCUCUGCCAGGAAAAAACAGAGUUGAACGAGAAAAAGAGAAAUAUAUAUACUUCUGGCACCUUUCAAAGUUAGCUUAAAGCUACUGUACGCGCCGGUACCAGCCCUCAGUCCUCAGUCCACUCCACACUCGUGGUGAUGUUUGUGUUUUUCCGCUGCCACUCGUUCUCUUACGCUUGUGUACAGUGACUCUUGUGAUGAUGCAACACAAACGAUAUCAAUCUUAAAGGUUUUGGAAACGGUGCUUAGUGGCUUUGAUAUUCAAGUCUUUAUUACUGAGAGUGCUUUUGAAUAUCUAUAGGUAGCCUAGUAGGUUAGCGAAGAGAGAAAUUGGAAUACAAAGCGUUAUUGGGUUUCAGCAGAUAUUGCAGAAAGGUGACAGCAGCUGCUAUUGCAGGACUUGAAAAAAGCACUCGAAAGGAAUUGCCCCUCUUUAAAAGAUGACUCCCGUUGAUGACAACGUCGAGUUAACGUGCCAGGCAGAGGAAGAAGAAGACGAAGAAGAAGAACAGCGCGAAGAAUGCAGAGCGAAUUUCAAACCUGACGAUGAUCAUGGACAGCCUCAUCAUCUUCAGAUGAUCAUCCAAAGCCCUGCGGCCAGGCACGAGCAGGCAACAAAUGCCCCGUCGGAAGAGACAUGUGAAGAGGAGUUUCUCUCCUGUGGAAUGGAAGAAGAAAUCUUAGGACCCAUUGAAGACACAAUGUGUGGAUUAGGUAAACUGAGAAGUAGGUACCUUCAGAAAUUAGCACGACCUGUUACAUACUUGUUCAUCUCCAGCAUUGUGGCCCUGGUUCAAGGCAUGUUCUACACAUAUAGCAAUGCCACACUUUCAACAGUAGAGAAACGCUUCAGCCUUCCUAGCAAAGUGUCAGGAUUCACCACAACUGGCAAUGACUUGGUGCAACUCCUGUUGUCAGUUCAUAUCACCUACUUGGCUGGAAAGGGCCAUCGUCCUCGCUGGCUAGCAGUAGGGAUGCUGGGAGCAACUAUUGGCUGUUGUUUGGCAGCUACCCCUCAUUUCAUCUUUGGAGAAGGGGACCAUGUGUCCUCACAUAGCACCCAGCAGUCAACUAUGUCAGUCUCGGCAGUAAACAGCAAAUUCCAUGGCUUAUUGUGUGAUUCUUCUAAUUUAUCCUCAUCUUUGUCUUGUAAUGAGGAAUCGAGUCAGAUUGGUACAGAACAGUACACAGUAGUCGGAGUACUUUUAGCAGCUCAGAUGUUGGCUGGAUUUGCUUCAAUGCUGUACUACACCAUCGGCUACUCUUACCUAGAUGAGGCUGUGAGGAAAGACAAAGUACCUCUUUUCCUUGCAAUAUCUGGAAGUUUGCGAAUUCUGGGUCCGGUUUGUGGGUAUUCGAUGGCUGCCUUGGCGCUUGGAUACUGGGUUAACCCCAGUAAUCCUCCCAACUUGUCUCCAAGCCACCCUAGAUGGGUUGGCGCUUGGUGGAUAGGGUACUUGGUAAUUGGUACCACUCUCCUCAUCAUUACAUGGUCACUGCUACUGUUACCAAAGACCCUUCCAGGAGCCAGAAAAAGAGCCCUCAGGAGUCUUCGCGCUGCUGCAAAAAAGGGGAAAGAUAAUCUGCAGGAGUUCACGAAAACCCUGAGACCAGCGAAAGCCAAAGAUGGCAGCGCUAUGUUGCCCAGUGCGCGACGGAUUCUGACGAAUAAAGUGUAUGUUCUAAUCAUCAUCAACCAAAUUUUUUUCUGGUUUGCUUUCUUUGGCUACAUCACUUUUAAGCCCAAGUAUCUUGAACAUCAAUUUAAGAUGUCUGCAGCUAAAGCUAAUCAGUACAUUGCGGGAGCAGCAACAGCUGCUACCCUGGUAGGUUGGCUGGGUACGGGAAGUGCAUUGACCUUCUUUCGUCCAAGAGCCAAAUUCGUCCUUUCCUUUAUGGCAUUCCUUUCUGCUACAAACCUAAUCCUUCAUUUAUUUAUGGUCAGCGUUUCUUGUAAGCACGAUAGAAUUCAUGGUUUGGAUUUUGUGUUGCAAACCCGAGAGACUUCGCCACGCCAUGAUUCUUUGGCUCAAUCUUCUCACAGUAUAGAUGCCAAUAAUGGAUUCCCCAUCUCUGAAUGUUCUUCCAAGUGCAAAUGUUCAUUCCAGUUCUCUCCUGUGUGCGUGGAUGAAGUCGACAUCUUUUACAACCCUUGCAUGGCUGGGUGUAGUACGUCGUCAUAUAAACAAAAUAAAACUCAAAUUUAUGAAAACUGCACAUGCUCUGGGAGAGGGAAAAAUGCCUCUGCGUUUGCGAAUAGUAGCACAGCAUUAACAUUCAUGGACAGCAGUGUUCGAAGGAGAAAUCUUGAGUAUUUUGAGGAGGCUAACGAUACAAUUUCCGAGAGUUUCGCGGUCGAUGGAUAUUGCCUUCACAAUUGUUCUGCAUUCUAUAUGUACCUGACCCUGACCGUACUCACGAAGAUGACCCAUGCUGCCAGCAGAGUACCUGUCAAUCUCAUACUUCUCAGGUGUGUUGAAGAACGUGACAAGGAUAUGGGCUUAGGUAUAUUCAACGCUGCUCUGGCAUUAUUUUCUUCAAUACCAGCACCUAUAAUCUUUGGAUGGGCAAUUGACUACUCUUGUCAGUUGUGGCAAAGUACGUGUGGUAAACAGGGAUUCUGCUGGUUAUAUAACCUAAACAAGUUUAGGUAUAUCCUCCAUGGUAUUCCAGCUGCUUUGAUGGCAGGCUGCCUGAUCACAGAACUAAUACUUCUUAGCCUCCACAAGACCAUCCAUUUCUAUGGGAAGGGUGAAGGUGAAGAUUCGUCUCAAACACUACCUCCAGAAGAAAAGCAAGACUUAAAAGAUUCUGAAAGUAUUGAAUUGAAAGCUGGAGAUUGCUGACAUUUCUUCAGCUUUUGACGGAAAUUAUUUGCGCUUUUUUCUUAGGAGUAAGUAUAUAUAUUAGAAAUUAGGCCACCAAAAAGAUGUCUUGUAGAGGCCAAUGUACUAUAACCAUAUGCAGAUAGGAACAUAAAUACUUUUUAAAUAAGAUCUUGAAAAUUUCUGUGGAAAUUAACUUCACGCGUGAUGCAUAAUAUAGUUCUGUGCCCUAAUAGAUUUACACAAUUAUGCUGGCUGGAUUUUGGGUAAAUUUAGUUUGUUUCAAUAAUAAAAAUAACUUAUAGAAGCUAGUAA